UGCUUGCAUACAAACUCUGAUAAGGCAACAGCCAAUGGCAGCAGCGCAAAGCGCGCAGGAGAUCAAUCCCGUCAAUAGUCUCCCAGCACGCCACAUCCGCUCCUCGCAGCGGUGUGGCUAUCCUAUCGCACAACAUGCAGCUACAUGGAAAGAGGGGUAGUAACAGUCUCCUCGUUUCCGUAUGCACAGCGAAGGAGAAUGGCCAUUGCUUUGAGCUCGGUCAAAAAGAAAUAAACCACGCGUCAUGUCAUAACACCAGCCCUAGCUUGGCCGUGAGAGGCCAGGACUUACAUGGUUGGCACGCCCUCUUCAGAAUAGACGUCGUCGGUAAGCCCCCUCCUUCAUCUGUUGAUCAGGGUAAAUACAGUUUUGGGUUAUACCAGUCACGGAUAGCUUCUACACCCUGUAGUGACACGGCGAACCCUACUCGUCUGACUGAAAAAAGUGCCUGCUGCCCGGAGUGACCCUGGGCCUAGUGAGGGUACUGUACUGAUUAUUCGCGCACCGGCACAGACCGAGGGUAAAUGUGUCAAGCCCUGCCAACGCAUGCACAUGCACGAGGAUUACCAAUCACA